AUGCCACCGUCCCGGUCUCCCGCUGACAAUCAGGACCGUACAGUCCUUGUACCUUCACACCUCGGCCCAAAUGUCCUUCCUAAUAGCCCGUUCUUCAGCAAACUCCUGCGCCAUGCGCGCCGCGACCGUCUUGCCAUCCGAGAUGUCGACCUCGGCCUGGAGAAGACGUACACCGACAUCCUGUCCGACGCUCUCUGCUUCCGAGCUGUUCUGGAAGGGUCGUUGGCCUCGGACACUCUGAGGGCGCUGAGGGACGGCGACGAGGUCUAUAUUGGCGUUCUGGCCGCGGGUGGGUAUGAAUUCACCGUCGCGGUGCUGGCGGUGCUGGCGAUCGGGGCAGCCGUGGUGCCAAUCUCCACCGCCGCCCCAGUCAAGGAGGCCUCCUACUUCGUCACCAAGUCGAGACAGGUUCUCCUCCUGGUAAGCGAGGAAGUCGUUCACCUCGGUCGCGAUAUCCAACACCAUCUCCGUACUACUGCAAAUCUGCAUCUCCCCUUCAUCCCGAUCCUGUCCAAUCUUCCCAAACAGUCCAAAUAUACGGCCUUUGAUAUGGUCAUAUCAUCAACCCAUUUCCUAUCCGACACUGCCCCCGGAGUCGUCAUUUUCACCUCCGGUACCACAGGACUGCCAAAGGGCGCUGUGAUGCGCCGCUCCUACGUCCACGAAACAGCCCUCGCAAUUGGCGAGGGCUACGAGGUGUCCCAUAAUGAUGUCCUUCUCCACGUCCUCCCAGUCCAUCACACCACAGGCCUGCAGACCUCCUUCUUUGUCUUCCUGGUAGCAGGCGCGUGUGUAGAAUUUAAGCGCGGGGGUCUCGAUCCCGCGUGGGUCUGGAACCGCUGGGUACAGGGAGGACUGACGAUUUUCUCGGCCGUGCCCACGAUCCUGCUACGCCUGAAAUGGCAUUACGACAAGCAUCUCGCCGUGCUGCCUGCCCUGGACCGACGCCGGUACGACGAUGCAGUGAACCAAUUCCGCGAGAUCAUGUGCGGGUCUUCCGCCCUGCAGGACAACGUGCAGGAGUUUUGGACCGAUCUACGUAGAGGACGCGCCAUUCUGACGAGAUACGGCGCGACCGAGUUCCCGGGCUGUUUGAAGGUCCCGGCCAACGCGCCUGGUGAUCUACCCAAGGGUUGUGUGGGCUUGCCCGUGCCAGGCGUCGAGGUGCGGCUUUCCGAGGGAGAUUACGGCGAACUCUUAGUCCGGUCGCCGUAUAUGUUCAGCAAGUACCUGUUCGACGUGGAGGCUACGCGGAAAGCGCAUGACGGCGACGGCUUCUUCAAGACGGGCGACAUCCUACGACGAGAAGGGAACUAUUACUUCGUCGUGGGACGGGAGAGUGUAGACAUCAUCAAAUCGGGCGGAUACAAGAUCAGUGCGAUUGACGUUGAAAAGGCGUGUCAGAAACUACCCUACGUUGACGAAGUCGCUGUGGUGGGUGUUGAUGACGAAGAGUUUGGACAGAGAGUCGGCGCCAUUGUUGGCUUGAAGUCGUCCGCAGAGGCCAAGGACCUUACCAUCCAGCGACUCCGCACGGACUUGAGAAAUGGUUUGGCAGCGUAUAAGCUUCCCACGAUAUUGAGAGUCGUGCAAGGCGAGUUACCCAAGGGCGGCACAGGAAAGGUGCAGAAGAAGAUGCUGGGCCCUGCCAUGUUCCCAGCGGACUGGCGGUCACGGAAGGAGGUCCAAUACUGGGACAGCAAGGAGAAAGGAGCGAGGCUGUAA